GCGGUGUACCGUGUGCGGCUGUCUUCCCGUCGGUCCGUCUAAACCCUCUCUGUGUGGAGCCGUGACGGAUCUCCUGCUUAACAUUCCGACCAGACGCCGCUCGCCGCUCGCUGCUCGCUUGCUGCCACAAGCUUUUAUAUCCCCUCGACUUGCUUAUUUCAUGAUCUCUCCAUCGGGGCUGCACGGAUCGUAUCGUCCUCAGGAUCCAAAGACACCAAGUUUUAAUUCAAGGAGUUUUUACAAUGACGGCGACCAAGGAGCAGCCUAACCAGAGACAGAAUCAGCCGCAGUCAGACGAGGACCUUGGAGGGGGGAGUCCUCCCGCGAGGAACUGGAAGGGAAUAGCCAUCGCUCUGCUGGUCAUCUUGGUGGUCUGCUCCCUCAUAACCAUGUCAGUCAUCCUCCUCACCCCAGCAGACAGCCAGGCCGGGAGCGACACCAAACUCACCGUGGAGGACCUGUUCCGAGCGGAGUUUGUGAUCCAUGACCCGGAAGCUAAAUGGAUCAACGACUCCGAAGUUAUCUACAGGACCCCAGAAGGCCAUGUGAUCAAGUUCAACAUCCUAACCAAUGAAAGUGAGAUCCUUCUGACGAACGCAACGUUUAUUAACUUCAAUGUGGCAAAGUAUUCAAUCUCUCCUGAUUUGAAGUACGUCCUCUUUGCUUAUGAUGUGAAACAGGUGUACCGGCAUUCCUACGUGGCGUCCUACAGCGUCUACAACAUCCACACGCGUGAGGUAUGGGAACUAGACCCUCCAGAGGUCGUCAACUCUGUGCUGCAGUACGCUGCCUGGGGAACUCAGGGUCAACAGCUGAUCUAUAUUUUUGAAAACAACAUCUACUACCAGUCCGACGUCCAGAGCAACUCGCUCCGGCUCACCUCCUCUGGGAAGGAGGGGGUCAUCUUCAACGGGAUUGCUGAUUGGCUGUACGAAGAGGAGGUCCUCCAGACCCAAGUGGCCCACUGGUGGUCUCCAGACGGGGAGCGCCUUGCCUUCCUGGUCCUCAACGACAGCCUGGUGCCCAACAUGGUGCUGCCACGCUUCACCGGCAUGACCUACCCUAGAGGCAAGCAGUACCCCUACCCCAAGGCGGGCCAGGCCAACCCCCAGGUGAAGCUGUACGUGGUCAACCUGUACGGCCCCACCCACACCCAGGAGCUCACCCCCCCAGACAGCCUCAAACUCCGGGAGCACUACGUUACCAUGGUGAAAUGGAUCAGUAAGACCAAGACGUGUGUGCGGUGGUUGAACCGAGCCCAGAACAUCUCCAUCCUCACCGUGUGUGAUACCACGACAGGCGCCUGCGUCAAGAGACAUGAGGAGAGUUCUGAGCUCUGGCUUUCCAAGCAGAAUCAGGAGCCGGUCUUCUCCAGAGACGCCAGCCGCUUCUUUCUCACCGUUCCUGUAAAGCAGGGAGGGCGCGGAGAGUUCCACCACAUCGCCAUGUUCACCACACAGUUCAGAACAGACCAGAACGAGGUUCGUCACCUGACCUCGGGCAACUGGGAGGUGACCAAGAUCGUGGCGUAUGAUGAAGACAACGACAACCUUUACUUUCUCAGUACAGAAGGAUCGCCACGACGACGUCAGCUGUUCAGUGUGAAAACCGUGGGCCUGUUCCCGAGACACUGCCUCACGUGCGAGCUCAACAAAGCCCACUGCCUGUACUUCGAGGCGGACAUCAGCCCCACCAACCAGCACAUCAUCCUUCAUUGUAAAGGUCCAGGAGUUCCUACUGUGAUCCUACACAACCUCCAUAAUGCCAAUUACUACAUCCUAGAGAACAACUCCCAGCUAAAGGCAGCGUUGAAAUCCAAGAGGAUCCUACUGACAGACUUCCGGACAGUACAGAUUGAACAUUUUGAUUUACCUUUGAAGAUCUCCUACCCCCCAGACUUCUCUGAAUCCCGUCACUACGGUCUACUUUUACUGAUCGACGGCUCCCCCGGUGGCCAGUCGGUGAAUGACCGCUUCUUUCUGGACUGGGACUCAGCGCUGGUGAGCUCGGAAAACAUCAUCGUGGCCCGUCUAGACGGGCGGGGCAGUGGCUUCCAGGGCCAGAGGGUCCUCCAUGAGCUGCACCAGCGCCUGGGGACCGUGGACGUCCAGGACCAGAUCGCAGCAGUAGAAUAUAUGAUGAAACUCCAAUAUAUUGAUCGAACGAGGAUAGCAGUAUGUGGAAGGGGUUACGGGGCCUACCUGGCGUUAAUGAUGCUGAAGUCUACUGACGGUCUGUUUAAAUGUGCCUGUGCCAUCUCCCCGGUCACAGACUGGACAUUAUACGCAUCAGCCUUCUCAGAGCGAUAUCUGGGAACACCACUAUGGGAUGACAGCAGAUAUCAGUUCUCCAGCGCGCUCCAAAACGCUCAGGCCUUCCGGGAGCAGACACUGAUGCUGGUGCAUGGCACGGCGGAUGCCAAUGUUCACUUCCAGCACACUGCUGAGCUAAUCAAGAACCUGGUGAAAGUUGGAGCGAAUUACACAAUGCAGAUCUACCCGGAUGAGGGUCACUUCCUGUCUCGACAGAGCCGCCAGCACCUCUCUGCCACCCUGACAAGUUUCUACAGGGAAUGCCUACAGGAACAGAUUCUACCGCUCAGCGAGGAAGAGGAGGAGGAGGAGGAGUAGGCGAGUGUCAUAUUGGGGUCAGACCUUUUUGACAUGGCGCCAUCUGCUAUGUAGAAUCUGGCUAAAGAACCCGCUGACGAGGAGCUGUUUGGCGUUUGGAACAAGUGUUCAUCUAGAAGUGGACACCAAGAGCAGUCUCGGCUCGGAAAUGUGUGUAUGGUGCGCGAGGGAGUGUGUGUGUGUAUGCACGUUUGUGCACACCUGUGUGAGUGUGUCCGUGACCACUGUUCUGGCGUGAGGAACGCGGCUUGUGUGAGUGCGUACGGUUGUGUAUUAUCGUUUCGAAUAGAUCCCUAAAAGGACACCUGUUGACUACAACGAACAGCCAGGACAAAGUAACUCAAUCCCCAGCCCCAAAACUCCACCUCCUCCGACACCACCUCCACUUCCCCCACCUCCCCAAACACCACCCCUAACACAACCCCCAACCCAACCUCCACAGCUCCGCAACACCACCCAACCUCCACACAACACCACCCCCGGCUGCCCCAACACCACCCCCGGCUACCCCAACACCACCCCCGGCUACCCCAACACCACCCCCAGCUCCCCCAAAUACACCUACAGCUAGUGUCUUCUCACUAGAAACCCUGGAAUCCUGCGAUCAUCUCUGGGGAAAGCACGGGGGGCUGUCCUCAUUCCCAUCUGUACAGCACGCAUUUCUAUUUAUUUUUUCACCCGCUGGUUGUCUUUGCAGCAGCGAAAAAUUGUAAGGAGGUGGAUGUCUAAUAUCCACACACAGAGGACGCCAGCCCCUUCUUCAUUACCUCUUCACUGAGCUCUGCUACUGAAGUUCAGCACAAAUGGUUCAAGGGUGAGUUCACCUCCGAUCCUGAGACUGAGCUCUGCUACUGAAGUUAACACAAGUGAUUCACUGGUGAGUUCACCACCGAGCCUCUCUACUGAGCUCUGCUCCUGAAUUUAACACUAGUGAUUCACUGGUGAGUUCACCACCAAGCCUCUCUACGACAAAGUGCAAUUCCUGCCCGCGUCCUCCACCAUAACUCCAUAUCUACGCUUCAUUUAUUUCUUUCAGGUAACACUUUAGUGAAAAAAAGGAUCUUCUGUGGACAUGUACAAUGCCUUAUAAGGUUCGAUAAACUCUACGAUUAUGUGCUUGGACUUCAACAUCGACGGUUGGUUAAUGCCUGUCUGUGGAAACUCAGGUCCUGCACUAACACCAUCGCACCGUACUGAUUUUGUUCUCAGAAAUGGCUGACUACGUCAAGCGGUAGAGACGUGGAGCUCAACGUGAUGGAUUAUUUUAGAAGAUGACUGCCUUGGUUAGGUAUUGAUUUAAGCAGAAAAUAUGUCCCUCUUGAUAUACUGUGUAAUUUCCCAAUAUUAGUGCUCUAGUUAAAGUGAGAUAUCUGACAAUGAAGUGAGAUCCCAUUUUUUUAUUGCAAAAAAAACUUGAAAAUUAAACAUAGGUAUAUAUACCUUUAUCAGAAAACAAAAUUAAAUUAGUUUUGUAGUCUCAAGUGAAAUAGCCCGACUCCCAACCCAAUGGUGUUUGCCCCUUGAUGAUAAAUGGUGAUCAAUAGAAAAAGCUUUGUUUUGUUCAGGUGGUUGUUUUUUCCCGGUGUGCAACCUAAAGGUGUGUGCAUGUCUACGCAGGAGAACGUGAAAAGGUGUUGCCACGUUUUGUACAGUACAAUGCAAGAGUGUGUACAUACAUCUAUUUUUGAGACCGCUGUGAACUCUGGGCGGAGCGGGCGGGUCCAGGCGGAAGUCUUGUACAGUACGUGUUCUUUUUCCCCGUCCUGUUUAUCUUAGGAUGGAUUUUGUAAUGCUUGUUCUCGUUAGAUUUUCGUUGUUUUUAAA